CCCACCCCGGCCGACGUUAGGGAGAAGACACAAGGGCACGGAGCCGCGAAGGUUUGGGCUGACGACAUGGAUGCAGGUGCCGAGCCUUGCAGCGACGUCACCAGCUUCCUCUAUUUGAAGUCCGCCUUCUUGGCCAUGGAACCCGCCCAUUUCUUGAUCUCCUUAGCCAGACAAGCUGGUGGAGGUUCUAUUACAACAAAGGUUCAGACUUUCAUUUUGGAAGAUUGUAUAAAGGAUAUUGUGGGCAAAGGCACAGAGUUGAACAACAAAUACAUCAAGAACAUUCUCCAAAAGCUCAUUGUUGCUGUUGAAUCAACUUCCGACAUCGUGGUCGAGGACUUGUAUGAAAAAUUUGCCUAUUAUCUGACAAUCCAAUUGGAUGAUCAAUUGCUAGAAGAGAACAAUAGGAUCUACAAGCAGAUUACUUUUCUUUUGUCUCUUGGCCAGAAAUGUUCAAGUGCAAUGGAUCUAAAAGUUCCACUGCAAUGUUCUCUUAACAUGCUUGAAGGAGACACAGGGUGUGCCCUUUGGCCCUCAAGUCUAUUCUUGUCUGAAUUUAUCCUUUCUUACCAAGAGGUGUUUUCAAAAAAGUUUUGCUUUGAGCAGAUCGGUUCUGGUGUUGGUUUAGUUGGGAUUGCUCUUCUCCAUGUUGGAGCUUCCAGGGUAGUUCUUACUGAUGGUGACAUAUCAACUUUAGCAAAUAUGAAGAGUAAUAUAGAACUGAACCAUCUAGAAUUGCCAUCAGAGAGGACAAGUGCAAAGCCUAUGGUUGAGUGCAAAUAUCUACCAUGGGAGUCUGCAUCUAAGAGGGAGCUACAAGAUUACGGACCGGAGAUAAUCUUGGGUGCAGAUGUAAUCUAUGACCCACAUUGCAUACCUCAUCUUGUUCGAGUUCUUUCGGCACUUUUGAGUCCCACCUCAUCUGAACCAAAAGGAAAUGGAGCAAAUUGCUGUGGACCAACUCAGGAUACUGAUGAUGCGGAUAAACUUCUACAGAACAAGGAAGAGGAAGCUCCUGUUGCAUAUAUCGCUACGGUCAUCCGGAAUCAGAAGACUUUUGAUUAUUUCCUCAGAGUAGCCGCGGAAAGUCCCCUCUCUGUUCUUGAUAUUACAGAGAUGAUGAAACCAAUGAGUCUGCUUCCUUACAUGCUAUCAUACGAUCGAUCAAGUGUUCAUCUUUUGAAGGUAUCAUUUCUGUGCAAUUGAGAUGCUGACCUUAUUGUUAAGACUCAGAUGUGAUAUCACUCUUUUUACACUGCUUCCUUCACUUAA